AUGAGGUCUUUGGUUUUGCUUUUGCUUGUAGGAGCUGUUUUUGCUCUGGACGAUGACAAGAUUGUUGGUGGCCAUGAGUGUACCCCCAACUCCCAGCCCUGGCAAGUGUCUCUGAACGUGGGCUAUCACUUCUGUGGUGGUUCUCUGAUCAACGCGGAAUGGGUUGUGUCUGCUGCCCACUGCUACCAAUCCCGUAUUGAGGUGCGUCUGGGUGAGCACAACAUCAAGCUAAAUGAAGGCACAGAGCAGUUCAUCUCAUCUUCCUUGGUCAUUAGAAACCCCAAUUAUAACUCUUGGAACAUUGACAAUGACAUCAUGCUGAUCAAGCUGAGCAAACCUGCCUCCCUGAAUGAGUUUGUACAACCGGUGGCACUGCCAACGUCCUGCCCCCCUGCCAGCACCAUGUGCACAGUGUCCGGCUGGGGGAACACCAUGAGCCCCACUGCAGACAAAAACAAACUACAGUGUCUGCAGGUCCCCAUUCUCUCUGAGGAGGACUGCAAUAACUCCUACCCAGGAAUGAUCACUAACUCUAUGUUCUGUGCUGGCUACUUGGAAGGAGGCAAAGACUCCUGUCAGGGUGACUCUGGUGGCCCUGUGGUGUGUAACAAGGUGUUGCAGGGUAUUGUCUCCUGGGGCUAUGGCUGUGCUGAGAAGGACAACCCUGGUGUCUAUACCAAGGUCUGUAUUUUCACCAAGUGGAUUUCAGACACAAUUGCCAAGAAUUAAAUCUACCCCAGAACAUCACACAGUAUAAUACCAUGCUGUAUA